AGAGACCACAUUUGAUUAAAAUGAACAGAAACUUCACAAAAACAACACUCCAAUUUUCUCCAAGAACUCCAAAUUUCUUGAAUGAAUCACACAAGAUUGAUCAAACCCCUUAUCUUUAUAUCCAUCUUCUUCUUUCCCAAUGUUUUGGCACAACAAAAUUCAACCGAUUCGAAUCCGAGGCGCAUGCAUGCUGUGCAUCCAAGUGUUGUUAUUGUCAUCGGGGUGCUAUGCACGAUGUUUUGUUUAACAUUUCUCGUACUCGCUUGCAUGAAAUUCUGUCAAUCGGAUGUACUUCAACAAAUCCCUCAUCAACUUCCUAGCUCAAGGUCACGGUUUUCUGGGAUUGACAAAAAAGCAAUCGAAUCUUUGCCCUUUUUUAGAUUCUCAUCACUUAAAGGAUCAAAAGAAGGGCUAGAGUGUGUAGUGUGCUUAUCGAAGUUUGAAGAUUCGGAGGUUUUAAGGUUAUUGCCUAAGUGUAGGCAUGCGUUUCAUAUGAAUUGCAUCGAUCAAUGGCUAGAAAGUCACUCUAGUUGUCCUCUUUGUAGGUAUAAAUUUGUUUUAUCCGAUAUCACAAAUUUCACAUGCACAAAUAGUUUAAGGUAUACGCAAGACGAGGGUUUUAAUAAUCUUGAAGUGUUUGUUAAGAGGGAACACGAUGGUUCUUCUAGGUCAUCGAGGUUUAGUAUAGGAAAUAGCUUUAGGAAAUUUGCAAAGAGUCCUAAAGAAGAUGUCUUAAUUCAAUAUGGAGAUCAAAUGUUGGAUAAGUUCAAACAUAGGAUCAUUGUAUCCGACAUUGUUUGCAAGAGUCGGUGGAGUGAUGUGAAUUCCUCAGACUUAAUGUUUUUGAACUCGAAGAUGCUUAAUGAGGUUUCAAAGAAGCAUUUCUCACCUUCGGGCAGUGGGAGAUUUGAAAUAGAUGUUGAACAAGCAAUGAAGUUUAAGGAGGAUAUGGAAAGAAGAAGAUUAUAUGAAUCCAAGGUUGCUAAAACCCUUGAUAGUGGCGAAACAUCGAUUUCGAAUUUGCAGUUUCCUAGGUUUCAGACGGACGAGGAGGCAGAUGGUAUGCAGAAGAGGUCAAUGUCAGAGAUUACAAAUGUCUCAAGAUUUAGAGAAACAAGAAGUUCAUAUUGGGCUAGUAAUGCGAAAGAUGUGAAGUUACAAAGCGUUUGGUUGCCGAUGGCAAAAAGGACAAUUCAAUGGUUCACAAAUCGGGAGGAAAAUUCGUUUGAAAUGAGAAGUUGAUGAUGUUCAAAAUGUGUAGAUGGUUGAAUCAAAUUUUGUUGCCCAAUAUUUCAUUUUAUGGGCCCAAUCGCAUUUAUAAGUAUUGUAUAUUUGUAUAAGUGGUCUAGUGCAUCGUAAGAAGGUGAAGAUCCAUAAGCAAUGUUUAGGCAUAAUCUUCUUUGUAGUUUGGACUUUGGUUAUUGUGAUUACUAUAAGAGCAAAGUACAUGAACCCUAA